UCCGCUGCCUUCGCGCCGCGGCCGAGGGAGGCUGGCCGGCCUGGGUCGCUGCCGGAAGUGGGGCCGCUGCCCCAGUUCCGCUGCUCCCCCUCGGGCCCGGUCUGCCCACCUUCAGCUGUAUAGCCGCAUGGGCAUCCUGUUGUGCUGUGUAGGGAAUCCUCUGCUGGUUAAUAGACGUCCCUUUAGUUGUCACCUAGAGGGGAGAGACCAAGGGAACGACUCGCUCCGCCAUGAUGCUGACGUCACUCCGUGGUCUGUUGCUUUACGCAGUUAAAUCAGACGGAUGGAUGGUUAGAAGGGGCGAGGAAGACGGGCAGCUGAAAUGAGCACCUGAGUUGGAGAAAGGGGUGGAAGGCAGGACCCUUCUAGAAAGACCCUGAGGUCACCAAGAGGGAGGAGCACGUGAGCUACAGGGAGGAGAGCGUGCUGGCUGCCGAUAAGCUCACAAGCAACUGGCCUGACCUGCCAGGGUGUGCACACACUCCCCGGGCUGUGAUGUCACUCAAGUAUAAUCCUUCUCCCCCCGACUGGACCUCUGGCAGCAACUGCACGAAGGGUCUGAGAGGAUGAAGAAGUGAAGGGAGACGGUGUUCCAUCAUUGGAAGACAUCCUUCAGAUGCUAAAGGGAGGCCCAGAAGCGGCACAAGCGUUAGACAAUCUUCUCAAAAGGACCGAGGAAACUUCUUGGGACCAGCUGCUUGGGUUUCUCCUUCUUAGCCCACAAACAAUCUUUGGAGCCCAUUCCCUAAUUUAUUAAGUGGGAUGGAUAGCAGGGUCUCAGGCACAACCAGUAAUGGAGAGACAAAACCAGUGUACCCAGUUGUGGAAAAGGCGGAGGAUGGCAACCUGGAACGGGGGCAGUGGAACAACAAGAUGGAGUUUGUGCUGUCAGUGGCCGGGGAGAUCAUUGGCCUAGGCAACGUCUGGAGGUUUCCCUAUCUCUGCUACAAAAAUGGGGGAGGUGCCUUUUUCAUCCCCUACCUCAUCUUCCUCUUUACCUGUGGCAUUCCUGUCUUCCUCUUGGAGACAGCACUGGGCCAGUAUACUAGCCAGGGAAGCAUCACAGCCUGGAGAAAGAUCUGCCCCAUCUUUGAGGGCAUCGGCUACUCCUCCCAGGUGAUCGUCGUCCUCCUCAACACCUACUACAUCGUCGUCCUGGCCUGGGCCCUCUUCUACCUCUUCAACAGCUUUGCCGUGGACCUGCCCUGGGGAAGCUGCCGCCACGAGUGGAACACGGAACACUGUGUGGAGUUCAAGAAGACCAAUGGCUCCCUGAAUGUGACCUUUGAGAAUGCCACCUCUCCUGUCAUCGAGUUCUGGGAGAGGCGGGUCCUGAGGAUCUCUGAUGGCAUCCACCACCUGGGGUCCCUGAACUGGGAGCUGGCCUUGUGCCUCCUGCUUGCCUGGGUCAUCUGCUACUUCUGCGUCUGGAAGGGGGUCAAGUCCGCGGGCAAGGUGGUGUACUUCACAGCCACAUUCCCUUACCUCAUGCUGAUGGUCCUGUUAAUUCGAGGGGUGACACUGCCUGGGGCAGCCCAAGGGAUUCGGUUUUACCUGUACCCAGACCCCACACGUCUGGUGGAUCCCCAGGUGUGGAUGGACGCGGGCACCCAGAUCUUCUUCUCCUUCGCCAUCUGUCUAGGGUGCCUGACAGCCCUGGGCAGCUACAACAAGUACCACAACAACUGCUACAGGGACUGCAUAGCCCUCUGCUUCCUCAACAGUGGCACCAGCUUUGUGGCUGGGUUUGCCAUCUUCUCCAUCCUGGGCUUCAUGUCUCAGGAGCAGGGGCUGCCGAUCUCUGAGGUGGCUGAGUCGGGCCCUGGCCUGGCUUUCAUCGCUUACCCUCGGGCUGUGGUGAUGCUGCCCUUCUCUCCUUUGUGGGCCUUCUGCUUCUUCUUCAUGAUUGUCCUCCUGGGACUGGAUAGCCAGUUUGUGUGCGUAGAAAGCCUGGUGACGGCGCUGGUGGACCUGAACCCCGAGAUGUUCCGCAAGAAGAACCGGAGGGAGUUCCUCAUCCUUGGAGUGUCUGUCUUCUCCUUCCUUGUUGGGCUGGUCAUGCUCACAGAGGGCGGUAUGUACGUGUUUCAGGUCUUUGACUACUAUGCAGCCAGCGGCAUGUCCCUCCUGUUCGUGGCCAUCUUUGAGUCCAUCUGUGUGGCUUGGGUCUAUGGAGCUGGGCGCUUCUAUGACAACCUUGAAGACAUGAUUGGGUACAGGCCAUGGCCUCUAAUCAAAUAUUGUUGGGUCUUCCUCACACCAGCUGUGUGCACAAAGGAUAAACUGAGGCCCAGAGCUGUCAGACAGUUCAACCAGCAUCACAAUGCCACCUUCCUCUUCUCCUUGAUCAAGUACACCCCACUGACCUACAACAAGAAGUACACCUACCCGUGGUGGGGCCAUGCCCUGGGCUGGCUCCUGGCUCUGUCCUCCAUGGUCUGCAUUCCCACCUGGAUCGUCUACAAGCUCAGCACCUCCAAGGGCCCCUUGAGAGAGAGAAUUCGCCAGCUUGUGUGCCCAGCUCAAGACGUGCCCAAACAGAACCGAGCAGAACCCUCUUCCCCUACCACGCCCAGGACAUCACGGUUCAGACUCACAGAACUAGAGUCUCACUGCUAGGGGGCAGGCCCUGCGAUGGCACCUGUGAGCCUGGCUGUGGGGACAGCUGCGGAGGGAGAGAGAGGAAGCAGCCCCGCUGUGCUUCUCUGCCCCUAUGUGGUGUAGAUAAGACAAAAGGGGGUAUUUUGGAAUCCACCUUGUGAGCU